ACAAAGAAGCUUUUAAAGGACGUCUGCAAGCAGAACAAGCAGUACAUGGUCCCAGAAUUAAACGACUCGCUUUAUCUUCAUUAUAAAGGUUUUUCUGUAAUCGAGGGUCUGGAGGAGUACACAGGUUUGCACAGUCUCUGGCUUCAGUGCAACAGGAUCCAGAAAAUUGAGAACCUGCAUAAUCAGACAGAACUGCGCUGCCUUUAUCUAAACGAGAACCUCAUUCAUACACUUGAGAACCUGGAACCACUUGUCAAACUCAGAAUACUAAAUGUGUCACACAACUACAUCAGUGUUAUCCAGAACAUCUCCUGUCUGAGUGAGCUGUCCACACUAGAGAUUGCCCAUAAUGCAAUAGAGAAUGUGAGCGAUUUGCAGGAGCUGUGUCACUGUCCCUCCAUCAGUGUUCUGGACCUGUCACAUAACCGCCUCAAUGACCCAGAAGUCCUCACUGUACUGGAGAAGAUGCCCAAUUUGAGAGUGCUAUACCUCAAGGGUAACGGUGUUAUCAAGAAAAUUCCGAACUAUAGGAAGUCGCUAAUCGUUCGCCUGAAGGAGCUCACGUACCUGGACGAGCGUCCCGUGUUUCCUAAGGAGAGAGCCUGUGCAGAGGCUUGGGCCGUGGCCGGUUUGGAAGGAGAACAUAAAGAAAGGGAACUAUGGCAAAUGAGAGAGAGGAGGAAGAUUGAGGAGAGUCUGGAAUACAUGAGACUUAUCAAAGAAACUGCACUGAAGGAAAGACAUGCUCGAGAGCAGCAAGAGGAGAAUGGAUUCUCUGAGCCUGAUCCAAACCUGUCCAGUAAAGACCUCAAGCAAACUGAGCAAGAGGAGAAUGAAUGGAAGGAUCUUCCUGAUCUGGAUGAUCUGGACACCGUCAACACAGCACCUCGGACGUUCCGUCCGAUUAUCGAGGUCGUCUCAGAUAGCGACAGUGACUCAGAUCCUGAAGAAAUUUCUCCUGAUUUCUCACUCUUUGGUAAAGUUUCUAGCAAAAAUACACCCAUCAGAGAUGAGAGUCUGAUUUUCACCAAUCAGGGAGCAGAAGCGAUGGAUCCCAAAGCAGACGAUGAGCAACAGAUGACAGAAGGAAUGCAAAAAAAAUGCCUGAUCGAGGAGCUGAACUGAUGUU